AUGGUAGACCCUAUAACCUGCUUCGGCAUCGCUUGCAAUGUAAUGCAAGUCAUCGCCUUCUCUCACGAAAUAUAUUCCGUUGUGAAACGGAUCAAUGAAGACGGCUCUGUAGAUGAAGAGCUUCGCCAGCACGCUGAUCACAUUUCCGAGUCAUCGAAAGGUCUAGAAAAUUACCUCGACAGGAUCGUACAUCAACAGCUUCCCAGAAAUCAAGCAACCCUCAGGGACGUCGCUUCUAAGUGUUUGAAGACUUCCAAGAAGAUCCAAACAAAACUUGAUCGGAUUGACAAUACGCGCGGUGGCUCGGUUUCCCGGGCACUGAAGUUGUCCUGGAUGAAGAAUGCUUUAGCACGAUUGGAGAAAGAGAUGCAAAACUAUCAAGAUGCUAUGCAAAGUCAAAUCUUAGUACAUCUAUGUGAUCAAAAUGAGGCUGCCAAUCUCGUGCAGGACGCAAACUUCACAAGUCUUGAUCUGGUACUUCAAAACUUUAUCAUGGCUUAUAGCCAAGGACAAAGGGAACUUAAAGAUCUUAUAUUGAGUGAAGCUCAAGCCACCCAGUCCUUGGUCACAACGCAGCAUGAAGGGACCCGGGCCUAUACUAAGGAUCUAGAACUGCGAAGAGAACUUAAGCAGAAGCGGGAACAACUACUCAAUAGUCUCAAAGACGAUAGUAUGAAUGCACGCAAGAAUCAAAUCGAAGGAGCCGAUGGUGCUACCUUUUCUUCUGUAUUCGAGGCCAAUACCAAGACUCCCUGGCAAAGCUUCACGGAGUGGUUACGUUCAGAUGAUCCACUCUACUGGAUAUCGGGCAAGGCGGGUUCAGGCAAGAGCACCUUGCUGAACUUUCUUUUCGAAGAUGGGAGGACCAAAGAACUACUCAAUAAGUGGAGAUUCGACUGUGCAAUCUAUGCACAUUUUAUUUGGAGCAUAGGAACACCAUCGCAAAGAAGUAUUGGCGGCCUGCUCCGGUCCCUAUCAUAUCAGAUUCUCACUGGAAACGAAAAGAUAUUGGACAGCCUGCUGCAAGAAAAUCCACGACUUUUGACUUUCACUACUUCCAAUGAUUGGUCCGAGAAAGAUCUUAGUAUGGUACUUUUCAAGUCCCUGUUGUUGCAUGAGCGGGGCGUCUGUAUCUUCAUCGAUGGAUUAGACGAGAUUAACCAAAAAGAAGGUCCCUUUGAUCUUUUGAAGCUCGUGGAACGGAUUUCGCAUUCUCCAAGCACGAAAGGGGUCAAACUUUGUGUAUCAAGUCGUCCAGAGCCUGUUUUCAUUCGACGCCUCGAAACAUUCCCGAACCUCAAGCUACAAGAUUUAACACGUCAGGAUAUGCGAGCCUACGUCAGCAGCUUCUUGCAAACCAAUCCGUUUGACUUCGGGGAAACCGACGAGAUGCAGUUCGUUGAUAGAGUUGUUGUCAAGGCGGAAGGUGUCUUUUUGUGGGUGUCUCUGGUUUUGAAAAGCUUGCAACGAGGGAUGGCCAACGGCGAUGAUCCGAAGGAAUUGAUGCAUCGACUGGAAACACUCCCAUCUGAACUUGGAAACCUUUUUGAGGAAAUGUUGAAGCGAAUCGGUGACGACCAUCCACUCUACCGCAAGGAAGCCGCCUUGUAUUUCAACAUCUGUAUGGAUCUCUACGACCUCCCGAUAACCCUCGACCCGUUUUCUGAUAGUUUUAAAAAUUUGUUCGUGUUUGCGGCCGCGGUAGAUCCUAAUCUAAAGAAUAAGCUUCUUACUCAGAGACCACGCCCGUCUCUUGAAAAUAUAAAGGAGAAUCUACUUGCGGUAAAUCGUAGACUGAUAUCGCGAUGUGCGGGGUUGCUUGAGACGAUUAUUGACGACGAGGAAGAAGAAGACACUGAGAAGAUUCUUUCUCGCCAAAAACCUAAGCCUUGGAAAAAUCUACGAGUAACCUUGAUUCACAAAAGUGCACGGGAGUUUCUACUGGAUAAAGCGGGCAUGAUACUAGAUCCGGACGAGACAACUCCUACUGACCGGAUAUUCCAAAUUACACAAGCUUUUGCGCUCGAUGACCUAUAUCCGGGGCUACACGACGGUGAAUAUAACAAUGCACUAGCACUUUUGGCCAGCGAAGAUAUAGGUUUGUCAGACGAACAACAAUCCGAAAUUUUCAAUUUGACAAAGAAUAUAUAUCAACGCAACGGCUGGCCUAAUAUAUAUGAGCUCGCCGCUUAUAAUGCACUUGACUAUAGUCUCGAGCCUCUCCGAGAUGGUACUUCUCAAAGCCAAAGGGCAGUUCGGAAUUAUAUUUUGCUUUGCGUAUAUUUUCCCCCGUAUUAUCUUCGCCAGCGGCGCACCGUUAAGCCCCUGGAGAGAUGCUUCCGCGUGGUGUUACGCCUCCUAGAAAUAGGCGCCGACCUUACUGCUAUAUUUCCGUCUUGGAUCCAAACGAAGAGGUUUGCAUCGAUAAUAGGUUUUCCUACUCCCGUACUUGCGCGCAUUCUAGACAGCCUAGUAAUAGAGAGCGCAAGAUUUAAGAUGGCGGGCGGGAUAGCCAUAGUGGAAAAGAUACUUGCCUUGUAUCUUCAUUUCGGUGUAAACGUCAAACACAAGUUUCUGCACUGCACGGGUAUAUGGGAACUGGAUAUGCUGGGGGACAGUUUCUGGCCGAGACAAAGGAUUGCAAAUGUUUUGAGUGAUACAGGUGAUAAUAUGGUAGCGGAAUUUAGCAUCGCAUCUUUCAUUCACUCCGCAAUUGAGACGAUGAUCGACGAUCCGGUAGAGAGGUUAGCAAUGAAGUCAAGAUUAGGAUUGGACACAACGAAGGCACACUCCAGAAUUUUGCUUUAUUGGCGCAAGGAUACUGUCUAUGCAGUAAGUGACGAACAGUCACAAACCCUGCGCAAUAUUGGAGAUCCACGGGAAGAGUAUAGCGAGGAGGCACACGAGGCUCUCGACAACCUGGUCAAAACAAUGAAAGAGGUGGAUGAUGUCCACCAAUGGCUUAUUGAAAGAGGCUACCCAAUCGUGGAAGAAAGCGAUGUUGAAGGAAUUUCAAAGACCGCUUCUUUAGAGGAAAUGGCCGAGAUAUAUUGGAGGCUGAACGAAAAGUUUGGGAUAAAAGCUCAGGAAAAGAAAGCAUGCUUAGAGGACGUUUAG